GUAGGCUGUCAGUUCAAAGGUCAUUGGCUAGCUAAAGUAGGAAGUUGAAUUCAAAACCACAGAACUGUUCUGUUUUGAAGUCUAAGCUGCUUAGUGCAGGUGUCAUUAGCCACAUAACGAUACCAUUUACACAUAAAACGUCUAUCCUUCCUAUUGAGUGUUGCCUAAUGGUUUUCGAGCAUAUAAUCCUUUUUCGCGUUGUAAACUGCUUGUAAAUUCACUACUUGUGUGAAAUCAACAGCAGCCGGCUCUGCAGUGCCUUAGUUGUCAUUCAUUUUUAAACCUCAGCAGCUAGCUACAUAAUAUGCUAGCCUGGAUUACAAGGAACAAGGAACUGGGACCAGAAUUUGAAGACUUAUUGCUGCCGAAAUGAACAUGAUUACAUUUUUCAUAGUGGGCCUCGUUGUCCAUGUUGUCUUCUUCAUCUCCAUAUUUGACAUCUACUUCACUUCUCCUCUGGUGCAUGGAAUGACCCCUCAGCAUGUUCCCCUCCCUCCUCCAGCCAAGCGUCUGGUAUUGUUUGUGGCAGAUGGCCUAAGAGCAGACAGCCUUUUUAAGCCUGAUGUCAAUGGGACAAUAAGUGCACCUUACAUAAGGAGUAUAAUGAAAGAGAAGGGUAGUUGGGGUGUCUCCCACACCCGAGUUCCCACUGAGUCUCGUCCAGGCCAUGUGGCUCUGAUAGCUGGGUUUUAUGAAGAUGUCAGUGCUGUUGCUAAAGGCUGGAAAGAAAACCCUGUAGAGUUUGACUCUGUGUUCAAUGAGAGCAGACACACUUGGUGCUGGGGGAGUCCGGACAUUCUGCCCAUGUUUGCCAAAGGUGCCAGUGGAGACCACGUUUAUACCCACACAUACUCUGCAGAGGAUGAGGACUUUGCGGCCACAGAUGCCUCUAAACUGGACACAUGGGUCUUUGACAAAGUGAAGGCCUUCUUCAGCUCAGCGAAAGAAAAUGAAACCCUGUUCUCAAGACUGCAUGGAGAACACAAUGUGUUCUUCUUGCACUUACUCGGAAUAGACACUAAUGGACAUGCCCACAGACCUUUGUCAAGGGAAUGUAUAGAAAAUACUAAACUUGUUGAUGCUGGAGUUGAAGAGAUAGUCUCUGUGAUUGAAGACUUCUAUGGAAAUGAUGGAAGGACAGCAUUUGUUUUCACGUCUGAUCACGGCAUGACAAAUUGGGGGUCCCAUGGAGCUGGCCACCCCUCUGAGACACUCACCCCACUAGUGGCCUGGGGGGCAGGGGUCCAGACAGCCCAGAAAGUCACUUCACAGAGCUUUGAUGACCAGUUCUUGCAAGAGUGGAAUCUUGAAAACCUUAAAAGAGUGGAUGUUAAUCAGGCUGACAUAGCCCCCCUGAUGUCCUCUUUAAUUGGUGUGCCUAUUCCCUUAAAUUCUGUGGGUGUCCUACCAUUGCAUUACUUGGAUAACACCGAACUCUUCAAAGCAGAAAGCAUGUAUGCAAAUUCUAUUCAGAUUUUGGAGCAAUUCAAGGUCAAGAUGGCCCAGAAAAAGGAAACAACGUUAUCAUUUCUUUUCACUCCUUACCACUUGCUCGCUGAAUCCAAACAGCUGGAUUUUGUUCGACAUGCAAGAUCACUGAUCCAGCAAGGGAAAUACGAUGAAGCUAUCAUUCUAUGCGACACCAUGAUCUCGGAGGCCAUGCAGGGCUUGUCCUACUACCACACCUACGACCGCUUCUUCCUGGGCUCCAGCGUGGUGCUGGGCUUCGUGGGCUGGACCUCCUAUGUCAUCCUGGUCAUCCUGAAGACCCACGCCAGCCUGCGCAAGCCUCACGCACACAGAGACCCGAUCUUGGCCAGAAGCCUUGGGAGAGUGUUCCUCUGUGUGGGAGUGCUGGUCACAUUUUUCCUGCUUAUCCAAUCCAGCCCCUGGACCUACUACAUCUACUGCCUGCUGCCGGUGCCUGUGUGGUACUCCGUGUUUAAAGAGUUUGGAACAAUUGCAGAUCUGAUAAGCUCUGCUCCCUCAUUACCGUUAAUCAAAUGCUUUGGAUAUUUUGUGGUGGUGAUUCUUGGGAUUGAGCUUUUGGUUGUCAGCUUUUUCUACCGGGCUAUGCUAACUCUUGGACUUGUUGUGCUGUCAGCGUGGCCUAUUGUAUCCCAACUGUAUACACAAGCAAAGGUCCGGUCGCUGGGCUGGGUCCUGGGCUGUCUGUUUCUGGCCGCGUUCCCCCUGAUGCCCGUGGUGGGGCGGGAGCCCAACAUGCACCUCGUAACCUGCGCUGGCGCUGCCACCCUCCUGUCGUCUGCCUGUUUCCUGUGGUCGUCACGGAGAAGCACACCCCUGCAGUGGAGGGACUGCCAGCUGUACAUCUCUCAGAUGAUCCACGUGGCCUUGUGUGCCUAUGUUCUGAACAGCACUCACUCCAGUCUGAAACUGAAGCAAGGUUUGCCACUAUUCAGCCAGAUCGUCAGCUGGACAACACUCGUCUCCUCUUUUGUGGUGCCACUGCUGAGCUCCACCCACCUGUUCCAGCGCCUGCUGAGUAUUUCACUGUCCCUGGUGACCACCUACCUCCUCCUCAGCACAGGCUAUGAGGCUCUGUUCCCCCCAAUGCUGUGCUGGCUGAUGUUUGUGUGGAUCAACAUUGAGCAAGAGGCCAUGAAUGCUCAAGGUGUCUCUACCAAACUGGAGCUCUCCCGAAUUGAUUUUUCUGAAAAUAUUGACAUUACCAAGAUCAGACAACUGAGUCUGGACGACAUCAGAAGAUCCUACUUUUUUGUUUUCUUCAUAAUAACAGCAUUCUUUGGCACAGGGAAUAUAGCCUCCAUUAACAGUUUCGACCCUGCAUCUGUGUACUGCUUCCUGACAGUGUUCAACCCUUUCAUCAUGGGGGCACUGAUGAUGUGGAAGGUUUUGAUACCCUUUGUAAUCGUGAUGUGCACGUUUGAAACCAUUCAGGUCUCAACACAGCUCUCCUCAAGAAGCCUGUUCCUGAUUGUGCUUGUUAUCUCUGAUUUGAUGGCAUUGCACUUCUUUUUCUUGGUUCAAGAUUAUGGGAGUUGGCUUGACAUUGGCACCAGCAUCAGCCAUUACGUCAUUGUGAUGUCCAUGACCAUCUUCCUGAUGCUGCUGAGUAUAAUGUCACGUGUCCUGACAUCCAAGAGGAUCUACAUUGGCCGGAGGAGGAAAAUGCACUUUACAUGAUGUAACUUGCAAGCUACAAAUGUUAGAGGACACUCCUGGA